GAUGAAGAAAUGAUUGAAGUUAACUGAUGAAGAUUGAUAGCAGAAAAACAGUCUAAAUAUAUAUCUAAGUUUACAUUGACAGAAGUCCCUGAACUUGGAGAGCCACUGAUAACUGUUGAUGGCAGUUGGUGAUUAAUUUUCUCUCUAAUAGUAAUAAUUUUAUUAUAAAAGAAGCUCAUGAAGUCAUUGCUACUUAAGGUUAUGGGGAUAUGUGGCUCAAUAGAGCUGUGACUCUCUGUCAGCCUGGCUACAGUGCUGAAGAGGAACCUAGGGUUGUUCUUAUUUUCUUCUAUUAGUGCUGAGUAAUAGGCUCCUCUGGCGUUACGCAGGGCCUUUCUAUAGGUUUUAAGAUUAUCUUUCCAAAUUGAGCGAUAUGCUGAUAAUUUGGAAGACGAUAUUUCCUUUCAGAUUUCCUAGCUAUUUGUUUUAACUGGCGGGUUUGGUGAUUGUAGCACUGUCAGAUAGACAUCUGCUGUAGGAAGUUUUGCCUAAUGGCUUAUAAUCUAAUAGUAUGAAUUCAAAAGUUAUUAAAUAAUGGUCAGAUAGGAAAGGAUUAUGUGGGAAGACUAUUAAAUGUUCAAUAUCAAUGCCAUAUGAUAGAACAAGGUCAAGAGUGUGAUUAAAACAAUGAGUUGGUUUAUUUACACUCUGACAGAAGCCAAUUGAGUCUAUUAAUGAUAUAAAUGCAUUACUAAGGCUGUCAUUGUCAACAUCCACAUGAAUAUUAAAAUCACCUACAAUAAUUACUUUAUCUGAUUUAAGGACUAAACUUGAUAGAAACUCUGAGAAUUCAGAUAUAAAAUCAGAGUACGGUCCAGGAGCGCGGUACACUAUAACAAAUAGAACUGGCUGCAGUGUUUUCCAGUUUGGGUGAGAAAGACUAAGAACAAGGCUUUCAAAUGAAUUAUAAUUUAGUUUAGGUUUAGGGUCCAUUAAAAUAUAUACAGACUAUAUACUGAACACUGUAUUAAUAUAUAUAUACAGACUACAUACUGUGACACAGUGACUGUGGUAUAAACUGGUUAACCCCUUGACUGUGUCCAUUAUCAGGAAUUAAAGGAUUCCCCGUCGUCCAUUACUUCCUGAUAAUGGACACUAUCCUCUCUGUUGGUCCACAAUGUCUGAUUGUUGUUUUCAUGACAUCAACAGUCAGCUGACAGAAAAAGAAGAAGUUGACCUUAUAUCUGUCUGUCUGUCUGUCUGUCUGUCUGUCUGUCUGUCUGUCUGUCUCUCAUUCUGCCUGUCUGUCUGUCUGCCUGCCUGUGUUACUGUGUAUGUGUGUGUGUGUGUGUGUGUGUGUGUGUGUGUGUGUGUGUGUGUGUGUGUGUGUGUGUGUGUGUGUGUGUGUGUUACUGUGUAUGUGUGUGUGUGUGUGUGUGUGUGUUACUGUCUGUGUUACUGUAUGUGUGUGUGUGUGUGUGUGUUACUGUGUGUGUGUGUGUGUUACUGUGUGUGUGUGUGUGUUACUGUGUGUGUGUGUGUGUGUUACUGUGUAUGUGUGUGCGUGUGUGUGUGUGUGUUACUGUCUGUGUUACUGUAUGUGUGUGUGUGUGUGUGUGUGUUACUGUGUGUGUGUGUGUGUUACUGUGUGUGUGUGUGUGUUACUGUGUGUAUGUAUGUGUGUGUGUGUGUGUGUCUGUGUGUCUGUGUGUCUGUGUGUGUUACUGUGUGUGUGUGUGUGUGUCUGUGUGUCUGUGUGUGUUACUGUGUGUGUGUGUGUGUUACUUUGUGUGUGUGUGUGUGUGUGUGUGUGUGUUACUGUGUGUGUGUGUGUGUGUAUGUGUGUUACUGUGUGUGUGUGUUACUGUGUGUGUUACUGCGUGUUACUGUGUGUGUGUGUGUGUGUGUGUACUGUGUGUGUUACUGUGUGUGUGACUGUGUGUGUGUGUGUGUGUGUGUUACUGUGUGUGUGUGUGUUACUGUGUUACUGUGUGUGUGUGUGUAUUACUGUGUGUGUGUGUGUGUGUGUGUGUUUACUGUGUGUAUGUAUGUGUGUGUGUGUGUGUGUGUUACUGUGUGUGUGUGUGUUACUGUGUGUGUGUGUGUAUUACUGUGUGUGUGUGUGUGUGUGUGUGUGUGUGUUACUGUGUGUAUGUAUGUGUGUGUGUGUGUGUGUGUGUGUGUGUGUGUGUGUGUUACUGUGUGUGUUACUGUGUUUGUUACUCUGUGUGUUACUGUAUGUGUGUGUGUGUUACUGUGUGUGUGUGGGUUGUGUGUGUGUGUGUGUGUGUGUGUGUGUGUCUGUGUGUGUUACUGUGUGUGUUACUGUGUGUGUGUGUGUGUGUGUGUGUGUGUGUGUGUGUGUGUGUGUGUGUGUGUGUGUGUGUGUGUGUGUGUGUGUGUGUGUUACUGUGUGUGUGUGUGUGUGUGUGUGUUACUGUGUGUGUGUGUUUCUGUGUGUGUGUGUGUGUGUGUGUGUGUGUGUUACUGUGUGUGUGUGUGUGUGUGUGUGUGUGUGUGUUACUGUGUGUGUGUGUGUGUGUGUGUUACUGUGUGUAUGUGUGUGUGUUACUGUGUGUGUUACUGUGUGUCUUACUGUGUGUGUUACUGUGUGUCUUACUGUGUGUGUUACUGUGUGUGUUACUGUGUGUGUGUGUGUUACUGUGUGUGUGUGUGUGUGUGUGUGUGUGUGUGUGUGUGUGUGUGUGUUUGUGUGUGUGUUACUGUGUGUGUGUGUGUGUGUGUGUGUGUGUUACUGUGUGUGGUACUGUGUGUGUUACUGUGUGUGUGUGUGUGUGUGUGUUACUGUGUGUGUUACUGUGUGUGUGACUGUGUGUGUGUGUGUGUGUGUGUGUGUGUGUGUGUAGGUACAGAUGUUUCCUAG